AUGGAAAAAUUCCAAACAUUUAGAAGAGAGGUAGAUGACCACUUUUAUGUUCUUGAUUAGCUUAAAUUACCUUUAACAAUUGAAGAGAUCCGUAUUAACACAAUCGAAGAUGCUUGGAAGGUUAUUAAAGAUAUGAAUGUUCGUGGUGCUCCUCUGAUUGCUGUAGUUGCUACUUAGGGUUUACGUAACGAACUAUUUAAUAGAGACUUCAAGAGUGUCGAAGAGCUAAGAAAAUAUGUUUUAUAAGCAGUUGAGUAUCUCCGUACUUCUCGCCCAACUGCAGUCAAUUUGUAGAACGAUACAGAAAGAGUAAGGUAAACUGUCAUAGAUUUCAGCUUACAGCAAAGUGUUGAAGAAAUUUCAUAAUUGUAAUAAUUAAAGUAACAAUUAUUUUAGUUGAUAGACUCUUUCAAUUAGCAAUACAUCGAUGCAUGUAGACAAAUGUCUAUUCUUGGAGUUGAUGCUAUAAUCAAAGACUUUGAAGAAAAGCACCCUGAAUAAGCAGGUUAAAAUGCAAAGCUAAAAGUUUUAACCAUUUGCAAUACUGGUAAGCUUGCUACUCCUGGUGAUGGUACAGCAUUAGGUAUUGUUAGAGAGUUACAUAGACGUGGGCGUUUAGAGAGGCUUUACAUAGCUGAGACUAGACCUUAUAACCAAGGAGCUCGUUUAACAGCAUCUGAAGCUGUUUUAGAUAAACUUCCAGCAACUUUAAUUACAGACAGCAUGGCAGGUUUUUUGAUGCAAUAAGGUAACAUCGAUUUUGUUGUUGCAGGAGCUGACAGAGUAGCUAAAAAUGGAGAUACUGCUAAUAAGAUAGGAACAUACACUUUUGCAGUUUUAGCAAAGCACCAUGAUGUUAAUUUCUAUGUUGCCCUUCCCACCCAAACUAUUGAUGAAAAUACUUUAUGUGGAGCAGAUAUCCAUAUUGAAUAGCGCCCUAAGAAUGAACUAACUCAUGUGAUGGGAGUUUAAAUUGCCCCUACAGAAAUUGAAGUUUGGAAUCCAUCAUUUGAUGUAACUCCAAGCUCUCUCAUCAAACGUAUUUUCCAUGAGGGUGGCGAAUAUGAGUGUGAUAGAAGUUAAGGAAAUUGGAAAUAGAUGGAUGCAUAAUCUUUAAAAAGUAACCUAAUUAACAAAUAUAAUGUAUUUUCAUAAGCUGAAGAGAGUUCUCUUUAGGUUUCUGAAAUUGGAGAUGGAAACUUGAAUUUAGUUUUUAUUGUUUCUACUGAUCUUAAGCAAGUAAUAGUCAAGCAAGCUUUACCUUAUGUUCGUUGUGUAGGACCUACUUGGCCUUUUCCUCUCAAUAGAGCUUUCUUUGAAUACGAAGCACUAAAAUUCCAUAACUAAGUAGCUCCUGAAUUGAUUCCAAAGCCUCUCUUUUUCGACAAAGAUAACUCCUUAAUAGUUAUGGAAUAUUUAGCUCCUCCUUAUAUUAUUCUUAGAAAAGGUUUAAUUCAACGCAUAAAAUAUCCAAAAUUAGCAAAAGAUAUAGCUAUGUUCUCUGCUAAAACACAUUUUUACAGUAGCCCAUUACAUUUAGAUAACAAAACUUAUCGUGAAAAGGUUAGUUUUUGGAGUGAAAAUACAGAAUUGUGUGCUUUGACAGAAUAAGUUAUCUUCUCAGAUCCUUAUGUAGACUCUCACUAUAACAAAUGGACAACACCUCAAUUAGACGAUAUAGUUAAAACUAUAAAAAUUGCAGAUGAUGAAUUAAUAGUAGCUAUUUCUGAGCUUCGUCAUAAAUUUAUAACAUCUAAGGAAGCUCUUAUUCACGGUGAUCUACAUACAGGAAGUAUAAUGGUCACAGAGAAUGAAACUAGAGUUAUUGACCCUGAAUUUGCUUUUUAUGGUCCAAUAGGAUUCGACACUGGCGCUUUUGUUGCUAAUCUAUUCUUGAAUUUCUUUAGUUAAAAAUAACAUGAAAAUGAAGUAAAUUAAAUUUCAGAAUACUCUCAAUGGCUUUUAGAUACUACAGUUAGUUUCUAUACUUAAUACGAAGAAGAGUUCUUAAAUAUCUGGAAUACCAAAUCAAAUGUUUAAAAUGGUGGUGAUUUCCCUCCAAACUUAAUUAACAAAAAUAAUAACAUCAAGAUAGCAAUUUAAAUAAAAUACUUAAAAAAUAUUUUCUAAGACACACUAGGAUUUGCUGCUGCAAAGAUGAUCAGAAGAAUCAUUGGAAUAGCACACGUAGAAGAUUUAGAUUCCAUAUCAGAUCUUGAUGUUCGUUCUAAAUGCGAAAUAGCAGCUAUAAAGUUUGCUAGAUCUCUUAUGGUUAAUAGAAAUUAGUUCAAGAAUAUUUAAGAAGUUGUAGAUUUGGCUAAAGUUUAUUACACUUAAUGA